AAGAACCGAGAAACUGAGAAGAAGAAGAAGAGGUGGAGACAAGAAAAAAAAAUCUAACUCGUCAUGAACGCGAGAGCUCUUCUCUACUCCCCGAACCUCCACCCUCUCUACACUUCAAAUCGUCCACCUGAGACCUCUCCUCGCAACCGCCGGACUCUAAAACCUGAUCCGAAGUCGUUACGGAUAUGGAUUCACCAGCGGAACAGGUCCAGCGUUUUCCGGGUGCUAGUUCGGAGCUCCGACAAGAGAGAGAGCAGUAACUCGUCGUAUGCAGAGACUAUAAAAGAAGGUCGAGAGAUAGUGAACGGAAACGGCGUCGUAUCGGAUUCGCUAAGCUCGGUUCCAUGGUGGGAAGAGUUUCCGAAGCGGUGGGUGAUAGUGCUUCUCUGUUUCUCAGCUUUUCUUCUCUGCAAUAUGGACAGAGUGAACAUGAGCAUAGCAAUACUUCCCAUGUCGGCUGAGUAUGGUUGGAAUCCAGCAACAGUUGGGUUGAUUCAGUCUUCCUUCUUCUGGGGUUACCUUCUCACUCAAAUAGCUGGAGGGAUAUGGGCAGACACGGUAGGUGGCAAAAUGGUUCUUGGAUUCGGCGUUGUAUGGUGGUCCAUCGCUACAAUACUAACUCCUAUCGCAGCCAAACUCGGUCUCCCGUUCUUGCUCGUUGUUCGUGCUUUCAUGGGAGUUGGCGAGGGUGUUGCGAUGCCUGCUAUGAACAAUAUAUUGUCCAAGUGGGUGCCUGUGCAAGAGAGAAGCAGAUCUCUCGCGCUUGUUUACAGCGGAAUGUACCUUGGAUCCGUCACCGGUUUGGCCUUUUCGCCUUUCUUGAUUCAUCAGUUUGGUUGGCCUUCAGUGUUUUACUCUUUUGGAUCGCUUGGAACUGUGUGGUUGACUCUCUGGCUAACUAAGGCAGAGAGUUCACCAAUUGAAGAUCUAUCGUUGCUCCCUGAAGAAAGGAAGUUGAUUGCAGACAACUGUGCCAGCAAAGAGCCAGUGAAGUCGAUCCCAUGGAGGUUGAUAUUGUCGAAACCGCCGGUUUGGGCUCUUAUUGGUUGCCAUUUUUGUCACAACUGGGGAACGUUCAUUCUCUUGACCUGGAUGCCAACUUAUUACCAUCAAGUGUUGAAGUUCAACCUAAUGGAAUCAGGACUUCUCUCAGUAUUUCCAUGGCUGACAAUGGCGAUUUCUGCAAAUGCUGGAGGAUGGAUCGCUGAUACACUCGUUAGCCGAGGUUUCUCCGUUACGAAUGUCCGCAAGAUAAUGCAAACAAUUGGGUUUCUUGGACCAGCGUUCUUUCUAACACAGCUGAAACACAUUGAUUCUCCUGCAAUGGCCGUUUUGUGCAUGGCUUGUAGCCAAGGGACUGAUGCCUUCUCCCAGUCUGGUUUGUACUCUAACCAUCAAGACAUUGCUCCAAGAUACUCUGGAGUGUUACUUGGUUUGUCUAACACAGCUGGAGUACUUGCCGGAGUUCUUGGCACAGCCGCCACUGGUCACAUCUUACAACACGGUUCUUGGGAUGACGUUUUCACGAUUUCGGUCGGUCUUUACCUUGUCGGGACUGUCGUUUGGAACCUAUUUUCAACCGGAGAGAAGAUCAUUGAUUGAUCCGUUCCGAGAAUAGUGACAAACUAGCGAAUAGUUCAGCUCCAAGACCUUCUUCAGGUGGCCAGGCUCUAAAUAUACACAUAUUACAAGUCUGAGAGCUUGCCGGAAUAUCCUUUUUUUGCCGGAAAAUUCUUCAGGAAAUUUCUACUUGUCAAUUUAGGCCAAACGCACAUGAAUAAUACUUUAUGUAGAUUAAAGAAGAUAUACAGAUGAUUUUUUUUUUGUA